AUGACAGACACGCGAAGAAGUUUCGUCUUAAGAGUGACUCGAGAUUUGCGCGAAUUUUAUGGCGAAAAGUCGGAAGAGAUGUUCGCUUUCGCCGACGACAAUGACGUCACGCGAGUCCACGCCGUUAUUCGCGGCCCGAAAGACACGCCCUAUGAAAAGGGUUUCUUCUACUUUGUGUUCACAUUUCCGACGGAUUAUCCGCUGAGACCUCCGAAAGUGACUUUCAUGACGACAGACGCGAAUCGGGUUCGUUUCAACCCCAACCUCUACGCGUGCGGCAAAGUGUGUCUCAGCAUUUUGGGCACUUGGAGUGGCCCGGAGUGGACGCCCUGUCAAACGCUGUUCUCAACGCUGCUCUCGAUUCAGUCCAUAAUGAAUGAGAAGCCGUAUCGAAACGAACCCGGAUUUGAAUCGUAUGACAACCAAUCAGAGAUCGACAAAUACAACGCAUUCAUCGCUCACGAGACGCUUCGGGUGGCGGUCAUCGGCAUGUUGUGGACGCCCACCGCAGACGCCACUAAUAUUCCGCUCAUUUUGAGAGACGUUAUGAUCGCUUCAUUCAAACAGAAUUACCGCUAUUUCGAAGACACCAUUAAAUCGCGGCUCGAAAUGGACGGACAGACGGUUUCGGAUCCGUUUGGCGAUUACUCUCAGCCGAGCUUUCAAUACAAAGAACUGUUGCAUAGAUUGCGGACAUUGAAAGAGAAGUACGAAAUCAGCGAUGAGUUGAGAGUUGUGUCCAUAAGAGACGAUCCGUUGGCGAAAGAGUAUUUCGAAAUACUGUCCAAAACUGUCACUCAAUCGAUGAAAAGAGAGCUGAAACCCGUUUGCGACGAAGUGCUGGACUUCGAGGACUUUGACGAAAGUGAGAGUUUGUCUGAAUAUGAAGAGGAAUCCGAAAGUGAAGAAAAUGAGAUCACUUUAUAG